GGGGGCGACGCGGGCCGAUGACGUGUGGCGAGCGGGGCGGCUCGGCAGCAUGGCGUCCGUAGCGCUGAGCGAGGCGGAGAAGGUGUACAUCGUGCACGGCGUCCAGGAAGACCUCCGUGUGGAUGGCCGUGGCUGUGAGGACUACCGAUGUGUUGAAGUAGAAACUGACGUGGUGUCUAACACCAGUGGGUCGGCCAGAGUCAAACUAGGUCACACAGACAUCUUGGUGGGAGUGAAAGCAGAAAUGGGGACGCCAAAGCUGGAGAAACCAAAUGAAGGCUACUUGGAGUUCUUUGUUGACUGUUCAGCCAAUGCUACCCCUGAGUUUGAAGGCCGAGGAGGUGAUGACCUUGGCACAGAGAUUGCUAACACCCUCUACCGGAUAUUUAACAACAAGAGCAGCAUUGACCUGAAGUCCCUCUGCAUUAGUCCCCGGGAGCAUUGCUGGAUUCUCUAUGUGGAUGUGCUGCUGCUGGAAUGUGGUGGGAAUUUGUUCGACACCAUCUGCAUUGCCGUGAAGGCUGCUCUCUUCAACACAAGGAUACCAAGAGUUCGUGUUUUAGAGGAUGAAGAGGGGUCCAAGGACAUUGAACUCUCAGAUGACCCUUAUGACUGCUUCCGGCUAAGUGUGGAGAAUGUCCCUUGCAUUGUCACCCUGUGCAAGAUUGGCUAUCGGCAUGUAGUGGAUGCUACUCUUCAGGAGGAGGCCUGCUCCUUGGCCAGCUUGUUGGUGUCUGUGACCAGCAAGGGAGUCGUGACAUGCAUGAGGAAAGUGGGGAAGGGCAGCCUGGACCCAGAGAGCAUCUUCGAGAUGAUGGAGACUGGCAAGCGAGUGGGCAAGGUGCUGCACGCCUCCCUGCAGAGCGUCCUACACAAGGAGGAAAGCCUGGGGCCCAAGAGACAGAAAGUUGGAUUCCUGGGGUGACUUGCACAUCAACACAAAUGUGAGGUGUUUGUUAUUUUGCUUUUCCUCUUAAGCCGCAGUUUGUAUAUAUUUUUCUUAUCUAUUAUGAAUUUGAGCUGCCAUUUGUACCUGUAAAAUUAAAGUAUAUUUUCUAGUUUG